AUGGCUGACGAAUACGGAAGUAUGGAAGACAAUACUGGUGAUAUGAAUACCAAAUUUGGGCUGCGAUUACGUGGGCGCAAAGGAGCUUUAAAAAAGAAGAACGUCUAUAACGUCAAAGAUCACAAAUUUAUACCGAGAUUCUUUAAGCAACCAACUUUUUGUAGCCAUUGCAAGGACUUUAUAUGGGGUUUUGGAAAACAAGGAUUUCAAUGUCAAGUAUGCAGUUUUGUUGUGCACAAACGAUGUCACGAAUUUGUUUCCUUUACCUGUCCCGGAGCCGACAAGGGACCUGAUUCUGAUGCCGAAACGGCGAAACAUCAAUGGGAUCUUCAUACGUAUAUCACACCUUCUUUUUGCGACCAUUGUGGAUCUAUGUUGCACGGCAUUACCCAUCAGGGUCUCAAGUGUACAGCAUGUGAUAUGAAUGUACAUAAGCGGUGCCAAGAGAGUGUUCCGAAUUUAUGCGGUUGCGAUCAUACAGAACGACGUGGACGAAUAGAAGUGAAAGUCACGUGCCACGGAACAAAGCUUAUCAUAGAAAUUCGCCAAGGAAAAAAUCUCAUUCCUAUGGAUCCUAACGGGUCAUCAGACCCCUAUGUAAAAUUGAAACUUUUACCAGAUACAGACAACAUAAAGAAGAAAACCAAGACAAUCAAAUCAUCGUUAAAUCCCGUAUGGAAUGAGACAAUUACGUUUGAGCUGAAGCCUGAAGAUAAAGAUCGCAGACUAUUGAUUGAGGUGUGGGAUUGGGACAGGACGUCCAGAAACGAUUUCAUGGGAUCUUUGUCGUUUGGAAUAUCGGAACUGAUCAAAUCGCCAGUAGAAGGUUGGUUCAAACUAUUGACUCAAGAAGAAGGGGAAUUCUAUAAUGUACCAGUGCCUGAAGAAGGUGCUGAUUUAGCUGCUCUAAAAUAUCAAAUGAGGGGCUCAAAAACGCAAAGUCGAAAUUCGAAGACAUCAUUAACCAGCAGAAAACCAAUGGUGCCUGACAAAGAUGUACCUCAUAACAUGGGGAAAAAAGAUGUAAUCAGAGCGUCGGAUUUUAACUUUUUACAAGUACUUGGAAAAGGCAGUUUUGGAAAAGUAAUGUUGGCUGAGCGUAAGGGAACUGAUGAAUUGUAUGCGAUAAAAAUUUUGAAAAAAGAUAUAAUUAUUCAAGACGAUGAUGUUGAGUGUACUAUGGUGGAAAAACGUGUAUUAGCGUUGUCUAGUAAACCACCAUUUCUCGUACAACUACACUCUUGUUUUCAGACUAUGGAUCGUCUAUAUUUCGUGAUGGAGUAUAUAAAUGGCGGAGAUUUAAUGUUUCAAAUCCAACAAUGUGGAAAAUUUAAAGAACCUGUCGCCGUAUUUUAUUCCGCAGAAAUAGCCAUUGGACUUUUUUAUUUGCAUCUCAACGGUAUCAUAUACAGAGACUUGAAAUUGGACAACGUACUGUUGGAUCAAGAUGGUCAUAUAAAAAUCGCUGAUUUCGGUAUGUGCAAAGAAGGCAUUAUGGGCGAUAAGACUACAAAAACAUUUUGCGGAACACCAGAUUAUAUUGCCCCAGAGAUAAUUUUAUAUCAACCGUAUGGAAAAUCUGUCGAUUGGUGGGCUUACGGUGUUCUCCUGUAUGAAAUGUUGGUUGGACAGCCACCAUUUGACGGAGAAGACGAAGAAGAACUUUUUGCAGCCAUCACUGAUCAUAGUGUCAGUUACCCCAAAGGAAUGUCCAAAGAAGCCAAAGAAAUAUGCAAAGGGUUUUUGACUAAAAAUCCAAUGAAAAGAUUGGGAGGAGGUCCCAGGGGUGAAGAAGAUAUUCGGGGACAUGUAUUUUUCAGACGUAUCGAUUGGGCAAAAAUUGAAAACCGGGAAGUGCAACCGCCGUUCAAACCAAAAAUCAAACACCGUAAGGACGUGAGCAAUUUCGAUAAGCAGUUCACUGGUGAAAAAACAGAUCUUACUCCCACUGAUAAACUGUUCAUGAUGAAUCUAGACCAAACAGAGUUCAUGGGUUUCUCAUUUCUCAACCCAGAAUUCAUUCAGCAUGUAUAAUUUAUUUAUCUCCUUUAUAAGUAUCCUUUUUUCAAUUUUAUUACAGGGUUUUCCUUUACACUCCUUCGCUAUUAUCUUAUCCCGUCUUUGUCUACCAAUUCCGAAUUCACUAUAGUCAAUUGGACAUUACACAACACCCAUCGAAUUUCUUUCAGUGUUUUUAACUGAUAUACUUUUUGAUCAUUAUCCCUAAUCACGUUAUCAAAACAAAACAAAAUGUACACAUAUUUUCUGUUUUACAAUUCAGUAUUACUAUUAUUACAACUACUAAUACUAUUUUUAUUACAGUUCAGCCGACCCUAUUAUCAUAAAUUAACUAAUUUACAUAAGUAGAACACGACAUUCUGCGGAAUGUUUUCUGCAUGUCUGACCUUUAUUGUCAUACCACACACAGUAUUUUCUAUCGUAAGUUUAGAAUAUUAUCAUAUAUUUCGUAGUAUUGAUGAAGAAUAAUCAGUCAGCAAACGUUUGUAUUUUAGAGUUUGAAUGUAGGUAUACGCGUUUUAAUUUGGGCGCACAUGAAUUGCCUUCCAAAUAUAGGUAGAUGACCUUUUUCCACUUGAAUUACCGGUGUGUUUUCGUAGGUAUUUUUGAGUAUUAAACAGCCGAUUAUAAAUUAAUAUAUUAAUAGUUCGUAAUAGAACUAUCGAUUAUUUUGUCAAUUUCCGUAAUGUUCAAAAAUAUUAUUUUUAUGACUUCAUACACACGUUACUUUUAUUACCAAUUAUUACUGCUCUGUUAAGCGCGUAUACAAAAAUAUAUUUUAAGAGGGGGAGAUUAAGGUUUUUACACUUAUAUAACGAGAAGUGCAUUGACUGUUAUCAUUUUUGCUUUAUAAAAAUAUAUUUAAUAAUUUUCUUUGGAGGGGGGGGGUAAAGUUCUAACCUAGGGGACCUUGUGUAUGCAUUUGGGUGUGUUGGUCUAUUUAUUUAUAGUUCAAUUUAUUUAUUUUAUUAAUUGUUCCUAUAAUGUAAGGGUAGAUUUAUUUUCAUCUGGAUAAAUUGUCGUGUAUGCAUUCAUAGAAGUUUUAGUAAAAAAAAAAAUCAAUGUUUACAAAUUCAACUUGAAAUCAAUUUAAUAUAACUAUCAGAGACGAUUCCAGUACAAAGGGUCACUACCUAAAAUAAAAAACAAUUAUUUAAGUAAAUGAUAUUUUUUAAAUCAAGAGGUAAUUCCAUUAACCUUCUUAAGAGAUUUUUACUGGAGGCAAUUCGAAUGUGACCUUUAGCCCUUUAACUUAAUGUGACACUGCAAGGGUGUAUGGACGUUAAUAUUAGAACAUCGUUCCGUGAAACGGGAUAAAAUUGGGACCAUUGCGCCGAUUGAUAUGAUGUAUGGCUUUAAUCGUUUUCCAUAAUUUUAAUCCAAAGUGAAGCAACUUUUAGAAAUACAUUUAACAUUCUAAAUUACAAGUUCUAUCUGUGAUUUAAACAAGUGCAAUAGACACAAGAUGUCAUUAAAUUUAAAUAAUAUUUCUCUCGUUUUAUAUUAAAUAAUAUUCAAUGUAAGAAUAUCCUAAACAAAUAUAGUUACCUCGUUUCCGUUUAUCCCUUUAUGAUAAAUACGAACAAAGGUGUUUUUGUGUAGAAACGAUAGGUUGUGUCUUAAUAUUUUUUCUCCUUUAAAAAUUAUUUUAGUGAAAACUUUUAUUCAUACCUAUAUAA